CGGCGGGGUUCAAUAAUGGCUUCUACGGCUUCUACGCGCUCCCCUGCCAAUUCUUUCCCUUCCUGCGUUCCGGUUUUGGGGCGAACCGCAGCGUAUCGCCCGCCGAAUCCAUUCGUUCGAAAAAAAAUCCGCGUUGCGUCUUUCCAUUGCCACCCUCGUCACCUAUUCGCGUAGGUUGCAACUUACGCCUCUGACCAUGCAGUUGCCCUUGAGAACUGGCCUUUUGUCUUUGGUCUCGUCUCGCUGCCCCUCUUGAAUGACCGUUCUUUUUUGACUCUUUGUCCUUUCCUUUUUUUUCCUCCGUCUGUAUUUAACUACACGGUACCUUCGGCAUACUUGUUUACUGCUACAAAGCAUUUUCUUGCAAACAUAUUGUCACGCUGGUCAGACAUGACCACCAGAAAUGUCCCUUUCCAUCUCUCUCUCGAUACCCAGCAUGGUGACAAGCAUCCCUCCGGGUCGCUCGCGGCCUCGAUCUCCCAUCUCACCCCGCCAGUGACGCCAACCGGUGAUUCCGAUCCGCCGUCUAGAAGACUCGCCACGCCUCGAUCUCACGAAUCGCUCUCGACUGCUACAGACCAGGCGGCGGUGUUCUCACCGCUUGAAUUCCCCGAGGAGGUCGAAUUCCAUCACGAUGGAUCCGGUUCCCGUGUUGAGCUCGGGCGUGGGGUUUGGAGCAUUGUGUAUAUGGCGUCGUCGCGUGCGCCGUCGACCGUCUCCUCGAUGACGCCACCCAGCUCUCCCGCUACUGCAAGUCGGGUUCUGGCAGUCAAGUCGCCGGUGCGUCGCGAUGCGCAGGCCGUGAUUUACGCCGAAGCAAAGAUCCUGACUCGCCUGAGUCUCACUCCCGGACACAAGCGCUACGUUGUGCCCUUCCGUGGGUACAUCUCGCGCUCUCAGUCGAUCGUCAUGUCCGCCCUCCCGCUGUCGUUGGCCACCUACAUCGAAGACAAGGCUGGGAUCGCUCGCGAGAACAUGUCUACUCGCACCAUGUUCGACCCCGUCCAGGGUUUGAGCGCGUGGCACGAGAUGGCAGAGAGGCUUAUCGCGGGCCUGUCGUGGCUCCAUAACGAGGCCCAGAUCGUUCACGGUGAUCUCAAACCGCAUAAUCUCCUGCUCCGGCCUCGCCGCGGCAGCAGCGGCAGCAACAGCAGCAGCAGCAACUCGGACGACUUUCCCUACGACCCGGUGUUUGCCGAUUUUUCAUCAGCUUACGACAUGUCGUGUGCGUCUCCAGGAGCUACCGGAACGUCCAUCUCCGCCAUGACGCCGCCGUUUACCGCUCCCGAGCUGCUGUCCGUCGCAUCGCUGACGUCUCCCGACUCGGCCCCGACGCCUGCUUCGGACGUCUUCUCGCUGGCCGUGACUCUUCUGGCGGCCGCAACGGGCGACCUGCUCGUGUACCCGGGCUCGAGCAACAUGCAGCGGCUGGCAAUGGCACGCGAAGGCCAUCGCGUGCUUGACUUUGCCCGCUCAGGAGCCAACGGCACUCGCAUCCCGCGCAAGGGUCUCGUGGAACGCAUCGUCCAGCCGGCGACCGUGAAGGAACCAAGCCAGCGUAUCACUGCUGCCAAAUGGGUGGACCUGUCACGGCAGUAGAUUUACUCUGUACUAACAUUUUGUUAUUUUACUCUUGUACCUGCAUUACUCUGCAUCCUAAAUAAAGAUACCCUAGAAGAAUAUACUAUUAGCAUUAUACAC